CUGCACCCCCGGACAACCCCCACGUCACCAGUCCAGCCAUGACGGACACGCUCCCCUCGGGUGCUGCCCAUGAAAACCUCCACGUCCUCGUCCGCUCCUUUGCCAUGAUCAUCGUCUCCGAAAUCGGCGACAAAACAUUCCUCAUCGCCGCCAUCCUCGCCAUGCGCCACCCCCGCCUCUCCGUCUUCGCAGGCGCAUUCGGCUCCCUCCUCGUCAUGUCCCUCCUCUCCGCCGAGCUCGGCCAGCUCCUCCCCGCCCUCAUCCCCAAACGCUGGACACAGGCCGUCGCCGGUGCCCUUUUCCUUGUUUUCGGCGGCAAGAUGCUCCUGGAGGGCAAGGACAUGCAGGCGGGCAACGCCAAGGUUCUCGAGGAGAUGCGCGAGGCGGAGGAGGAGAUCGAGGGCGACGAGGCACAUGCGGACGGCACGGGCGGGCAUGCGCGCGACGGGAGCGUCAUCCCGCUCGAGGAGCUCGAGGCGGGCAAGGGCACAGCCGCGGAGACCGUGAAUGGACUCGCCAACAGCGAUGCGGGCACGGGCACUGCAGCGUCGCCACCACCGGCCGAGAAGCGGAAGGCGGGCACAGGGUUCGCCGAGGGCGCGCGCAACUUCUGCAGCCUCUUCUUCGGGCCCGUUUUCGUGCAGGCAUUCAUACUGACUUUUCUGGGUGAGUGGGGAGAUCGCUCGCAGAUCGCGACUAUCGCACUCGGCGCUGCACAUAGCGUAUACCUCGUCACUAUCGGCACAGUAGUCGGUCACUCGUGCUGCACCGCGCUCGCCGUCGUUGGCGGACGCUACGUCUCCACCAAGAUCUCCGUCAAGCACGUGACCCUCGGCGGCUCCGUUCUCUUCCUCCUCUUCGGCAUCAUCUACCUGUACGAGACCUUCCGCACCGCCCCCGACGAGCUCUCGAUACCGCUCGGCAACAGCACCGGCGCCAUGCUCCGGUAGUCUCCCCUCGCUGCCUCUUCUAUAAGUGGCUUCGUUUUCCUUCUGGUUCUCGGGGUGUCGCGGGUGGAUGACGAUGUGGGAGCGGACUCUUCUCUCCCCGUACAUGCACCCACGAAGGAAAGGGUGGCUGCAACGCAGGUGAAAUAAUCGCGAACACCGGACGUGUAUCUGCCCAGCACGUCAGCGUCGAUGAUGGCAUGUACGUCAGACGGGAUGUACGCUAGCCAUCGAAUGAUCGACACCGGGCAACAGACUGCAUAUAUGCACGUACCUACACAAACAUACAACAAACAUACAUACGCACAUACGAACGCACACUGGCACCUACACACUUACCUCCUAAUUAUCGUCUCUCGUGGAUCGGAUUUGUGGAUAACUUAUGGAUGAAUAUACC